AUGUUUGUAGAUGAAGAAGAACCACCAAAUUUGGUGGAUGUGACUCAUCCUAGUGCCUCGGCAGUGGCAAACCCCAUAACUUCACGACUGCAGGACAUCUCUCUGGCUAAGGUCCCUUUGACUAUCGUUACUGGUUACCUUGGGGCAGGCAAGACUACACUGGUCAACUACAUCCUUAAGGAGCAACACGGGAAGAAGAUUGCAUUCGGUGAUUCCGCCGAUGUCGAGAAAGCCCUCACAGUCACCCAAGACGGCCAAGAAACGCAAGAAUGGCUCGAAUUGGCCAAUGGCUGCAUCUGCUGCUCUAUCAAAGACUCCGGUGUCAAUGCAAUCGAGUCCCUUAUGGCUCGCAGAGGCACCUUUGACUACAUCCUCCUCGAAACGUCUGGUCUCGCUGACCCUGGCAAUCUUGCUCCCCUCUUUUGGGUUGAUGAUGGCCUGGGUAGCACGAUAUACCUGGAUGGUAUCGUCACGCUUGUUGAUGCAAAGAACAUAGUCCUGAGCCUGGACGAGAUGCCGGUGGAAGGAAAGGGCGAUGCAGAGCAUGAAGGGAUGCAUAUGACCACUGCACACCUGCAGAUCUCCCACGCUGAUGUGAUCGUUAUCAACAAAUGCGAUAGCGUGACGCCUGAACAGUUGGGGACGGUCGAAAAAAGGAUAGCAGGGAUCAACGGGCUAGCAAAGAUCCAUAGGACGCAGUAUAGCCAGGUGCCGAAGCUCGAAAGCUUUCUGCUCGACUUGCAUGCGUAUGAUGGGGUGGAGUCUCUAGAUGCAAUGAGCAAGGGACACAGCCAUCUGGAUCCUACAAUCUCAACAAUAGCCCUCCCCCUUCCCCCUCUCACGCCCCGCCAGCUCUCAUCGCUCGAAUCCUGGCUCCGCUCCGUCCUCUGGGAAUCCAUCCUCCCGGUUGUCCCGAUACCUGGCCGCGAUUCCAGAUCAGAAUCCGCAUUCGCGAUCCACAGACUCAAAGGCCGCAUCUUCACCACCACCGACGCCGUCAAGAUGAUACAGGGCGUGAGGGAGGUAUUUGAGAUUGUGGAUCUGGACCGAGGCAGGAGUGACGGUAAGGGUAUGGAGAGUAAGGAGGAGGGGAAGUUGGUACUUAUUGGGAGGGGCUUGGAUGAGGAUGCGUUCGGGAGGAGCUUGCGAGCCCGUUUGGAAGCUGCUUGA